AUGUCCUGGACGUCAACAGCAGAUAACAACAACAAUUUUAAUUUAAAUAACAAUCAUUUCAAUCAUUUGAACAAUUUUAAUUUCAGUACAGGCUCUUCUACUCCAAACUCUACAAGUUCCUCUGCAAAUUUCAACCAAAAACAUUUAUUUCAAGAGCUAAAUUCUAAAUUAUCAAAUCCAGGUGUGCUUGGUGCCAAUUCUCAGCAAAAUUUACAAUAUAGCGCACCUUCAACGGUCUCAUCAGUGUCAUCAGAAUCGAUAAGUGAUUUUAAACCACCUUUAACUAGUAAAAACUCCAAUAUGGGUACUCAAAUUGACAAUUAUUUCGCUAAUGAAGAUAAUUCAAAUGUUUCUUCAAAUUUUUGGAAUUUCCAAAAUCCACAAGAUUUAAAUCAAUUAAAUCAAAAAAAUUCUUUAGAUGAGAGCUUAAAUUUAGGUAAAAACACUAUUGAAGAGGAAAAUUUCUUACAAUCUCAACAACAGCAAAAUAACGAUGUUUGGUCAAACAAUAACUAUCAAGUUCAACCAAAUAAUCAUUUAAACACUUCAAAUUCUUCUCUAAAUCACUCAAAUAGUGAUCAAAGUCUAUUUGAGUUGAUGAAAAUCCCUGGAUUAGCUCACUCCUCAACUGUUAAUAACCAAAUUAAUAUCCCUUCUUUAAAUAACACCCAAUUCAACAACAACAAUAAUAUUAACACAGCAAAUGGUUUGAGCUAUACAGCUUCAACUACACCAUUACCAUCUACACCAUUGUCAAGCAAGUCUCCUGAACAAAUGGGCUUCACAAACCUGUCACAAUUCCAACAAGCUCAUCAGGCCCCUUCUCAACAAGGUCAAAUUGCUCAACAUCAACCAUCAAGUGCUCAAACUUCAUCAUUUGGAUCAGCUCAAGUUCAACAACAAAUCCAACAGUUACAACAACAACAACCAGCUAUGGAUUCAAUCAAUAAUACUCAAAUGUUGUUACAAAAUUAUCAACAGCAACAAGUUUAUUUAGAACAAUUACAACAACAACAUCAACAAUUGAUGCAAAACCCAUUAUUUAUUCAACAACAAGCACAAUUAGUUUCUCAACAAUUACAACAAUUACAAUUACAAUUACAACUUCAAAAACAACAAAUUGAAUCAAAUAAUUUCCAAUUAAAUAAUAUUCAACAAAAUUCAUCAAAAGAUUCAAUUUCUGCAUUAACUGAAGAAAAUUUAAUCAAAUUACAAAAUACACCAAAAGAUAUCAAUGGUGUAUUGGGUGAAAAUGCUACUUCAACUUCAUCUCAAGGUGGAUUAGAUAAACAAGCAAAUGUUAAUACUGAAUUAUACAAGACUGAAUUAUGUUCAACUUUCAACAAAACUGGUUCUUGUCCUUAUGGUAACAAAUGUCAAUUUGCUCAUGGUGGAAAUGAAUUGAAAGUUGUCAAUCGUGGUUCAAAAUAUAGAUCUAAACCAUGUGCCAACUGGUCUAAAACCGGAUCAUGCAGAUAUGGUAACAGAUGUUGUUUCAAACAUGGGGAAUAG